ACACAAGCAGCAGCCGACGCGUUCGGUUUUGUUUAGAGCAAGGCGCGGCCGUACCUUGAACAGCCGUGCGCAACGCAUUGCGACGUUGGUUGGUGGUUUUGCUGCAGGAAGUGCGUCCCCUGCGAGCGUACUUAAUCUGGCUUUUACUGCCAGGCGUGGGCCGUGCUCUCGCGUCACCUGCUUUGCACCUCUCGGCUUGUUAUAUGCGGGAGUCGUUGAACAAUAAGGUGCCCCAAGGCGAAGCUUGGCCUGCAUAGCUUGCUCACCCACCUUAACGCCAGCUGUUGCGGCGACUCUGUUCACACAGUGCCGUCAUGCCUCCCUCCUCCUCUAUCCACCUGUGUGACUCUUGGCUCGCGCUUCCCCUUUUUUUAUUUCAUUCUUUUGGAUCUCUCUUCAAUGAGGACAAUGUGUGAGAAAGGGUGCACCGAAGGACGGGAAAAGGCAGACCACUGUCACCUGCCAGACUUGUAGGCACAACUGUGGCUGCUGUUAAGGGAUCGAGGAGCAAAGUCUCUUUCCUUGGUGUCUGUGCUGAAUCAUCUUAAGUGGCACGCUGAGUGAUUUGAAUGAGAUUCACCAGACUGGCAUGAUGGUCCAGCGGAAAAAAGGACAUGGCAGCAGAGCCGACCAAGGUCCUGCCCCCCGGCUAUGCUGAGCCACCACCAUCUUACCAGGCCUCCAUGCAAGGCUUCCAACCCACCCCUGGCUUCCCUCCGACAGGUAUGCAGCCCCCACCGCCAGGAUUUGCAGCGUCAGCUCCCCCUGGUGGUGCUCCUGGUGGCCCCGCGCCCUAUGCAGCAUGGCUCCCACAGGGCACGGCUGUGCCCACCAUGGUGGUCAACGUGGCCGAAUGGGGUCCCUACCCCGUGCAGCUGACCUGCCCCAACUGUAGGGCACACGUGCUAACGGCCACGUCAACACGUCCAGGCCUGCUCACCUGGCUGCUGUCAGGCGCCUGUGUCCUCUUUGGUUGCUGGCUGGGUUGCUGCCUGAUCCCGUGCUGCAUCCCUGAGUGUCAGGACGUGGACCACUACUGCCCAAGUUGCAAACGGCACCUAUGCACCUACCGCAGACUCUGAGGCAUGUCCGGUCGGCUAGGACACUUGACCGCAGUCUGGCAACGACGGGGACCAUCAACAGCCACCCGGCAGCUUCCCUCCAGCAUUUUGCGCACCACAGUUGUUGCUGGGAGCCUUCCGCAUGAACCCAUGCUGACCCCUCUUCCCGCGACAGCACCAUACGGUAGACACUAGAAGCUUGUGCCUGAACGACGGCGCUUGCUGAAGACGGGCGAUUUUUUGUCGCUUGCUGUUUCAUAAAACUACCCCACCCACCAGUGCGCGUCGCAAGACGCCUUCCUUUCGGCAAUUUUUGUGGCAAUGUGCGCCCUUAUUUUUCUCGCGGAACAGAUAAGUGGAAAAAUAAGAAACCAACAUCUGUCUUUUAAAAGAUGCGUAGAUACUCCAAGAUGCAUAAAAUGAUGUUCCUUCCAGCUCCUCACACAGCACAUCGUAAGUAGGUGUAGUUUGAAAGGCUGAAGAGCUGCAAAAGGAUUGUUGAAAUGCAUUUUUCUUUACCCCGGAGGAAGUGUGGAACUGCUAUCUAGUAGCCUGCAAGUUAUUUCCCCGGGGAGACUGGCGCCUUCGGAUGCAGAAUGGCUGCUUGAAGGAAUCGUCGAAUACUUGAAACCAUGUGUGUACUUGUUUGCCUGUAAAGAUUCUUUUUUUCUUCCUGUGACUUUAUGUGCUUGUCACCGAGAUGACCGAUCUCUUUCAUUGUGAUGCAAAAUGAGUUUGAAAGUUUAUUUAACAUAAGUAAGUUAUACAAUUAGAAACUACACACUUUUGGGACCCAACAAUUUUGUUAAAGGGUCCCUACUGAUUGUUAUAAAGGAAAAAGCACUUCUAUAGCAGCUGUUAUCUUACACUCAGAAAUCACAUAAAACAGAAGCAGCUGAAAUAACUAAAAAAAAAGAAAAGCAACAAAAAAGAAAAUACAUUAAUAGAGAAAUAUUUGACACAUAAGUAAUAAAUGUUUCUAACAAUUUUCUUCCUCGCAUCAAAAAAUAUCAGCAGAGGAAAAGAAAAAAGGAGCAUGGUGCAGUUCCAGCAGAAGGUUCAUCCAACAUAUCCAGCACGUGGUUGCUCAGUGCUCCUAGCAUCAACUGGUAGCACCGAAUUGUGUUCUCCUUGCAUGAUGAAGAGCCCCUCAGCAUUUACAACAAAUGAUGGAGUCAACAGAGCAAAUAUAGACAGAGAGCUGAGGAGAUUUUUUGCAGAGCGGCAGUGCGAAUACUGAUGCUGCGACUCCAAGAUUUGGUGUCGACAAACAACAAAGGGCAACAUUGCCUGGCUAGCAGGGGGAACAUGAGGGCACAUUGAAUGGUGCACAUCAUGAAGUUCACCUGUGAAGAAUUGUGUUCCACAGUGCAACUGCUUCUCUUGAAGUGAUCAAUAGGACCUUGCAGGAUUUAGUUGGUUGGUGACACGCUCACAUAUGUGGAAUGUAUUUUGCAAUAAUGUUAUGGCUAUGGCCUUAAUCUGUUGAAAAAGAAUAUUUUGUUAAACCUUUUCUUUUCUUCCUUUUUUUUUUUAGUUUUGUGUACCCACGAUCACGCAUCCCAACUUUCCUGAGUUGCUAUUGCACUUGUAUGUUGUAGACAGAGAUGUUAAAUUGCAUACUGUAUGGUUCAAUAAAGCAAAAGUAUUCUUGAUUUGCA